AAAUACCAUUUUUAUUAAGGUUAGAUUUGACACAGCUAAUAAGAAUAGUACAGUACAAGCGUAGUAUCAUGUCGUCAUCAGAACUAAGCAAUUGGCCCAAAUCGUACGAGCCCAUGCUCCCCUGUAUCGCGCCGCGCCCUCUGCUUCAUAUAUAGUGCCCCUCGCCCCCCGCCAUAGCCAAGUCAGCCAGCCCGCCGGCGUCACUCCGGGCAAGUGACACACACGCGCCCUAGAGUCUAGAGCCAUGGGACGCCGCGCGCACAUCGUCCCGGCGGCGGCGCUGCUGCUGGCCUUCCUCCACCUUCACGCGGCCAUGGCCGCCGACCCGCCCUUCUCCUGCGGCGCGGCGUCGGACGCGGCGUACUGCGACCGGGCGCUGCCGGCCGAGCGGCGGGCGGCGGACCUGGUGUCGAAGCUGUCGCUGGAGGAGAAGAUCUCGCAGCUGGGCGACGAGUCGCCGGCCGUGGCCCGGCUGGGCGUGCCGGCGUACAAGUGGUGGUCGGAGGCGCUGCACGGCGUGGCGUGGAGCAAGGGCGUCGACCUGAACGGCCCGCUCCGCGCCGCCACCAGCUUCCCGCAGGUCAUCCUCACCGCCGCGUCCUUCAACCCGCACCUCUGGUACCGCAUCGGCCAGGUGAUCGGCACGGAGGCGCGGGGCGUGUACAACAACGGGCAGGCGGAGGGGCUGACCUUCUGGGCGCCCAACAUCAACGUGUUCCGGGACCCGCGGUGGGGGCGGGGCCAGGAGACGCCCGGCGAGGACCCGACCAUGACGGGCAAGUACGCCGCCGUGUUCGUCCGCGGCGUGCAGGGCUACGGCAUGUCCGGCGCCAUCAACUCCUCCGACCUGGAGGCCUCCGCCUGCUGCAAGCACUUCACCGCCUACGACCUCGAGAACUGGAAGGGCGUCACCCGCUUCGCCUUCGACGCAAAGGUGACGGAGCAGGACCUGGCGGACACGUACAACCCGCCGUUCAAGAGCUGCGUGGAGGACGGCGGCGCCAGCGGCAUCAUGUGCUCCUACAACCGCGUCAAUGGCGUGCCCACCUGCGCCGACCACAACCUGCUCUCCAAGACCGCCAGAGGCGACUGGAGCUUCAACGGAUACAUCACGUCGGACUGCGACGCCGUGGCCAUCAUCCACGACGUGCAGGGGUAUGCCAAGGCGCCGGAGGACGCGGUGGCAGAUGUCCUCAAGGCCGGGAUGGACGUGAACUGCGGCGGCUACAUACAGACGCACGGCGUGUCGGCGUACCAGCAGGGCAAGAUCACGGGGGAGGACAUCGACCGGGCGCUCCGCAACCUCUUCGCCAUCAGGAUGAGGCUGGGCCUCUUCAACGGCAACCCCAAGUACAACCGGUACGGCAACAUCGGCGCCGAACAGGUGUGCAGCAAGGAGCACCAGGACCUGGCCCUGCAGGUGGCGCGGGACGGCAUCGUCCUGCUCAAGAACGACGGCGCCGCGCUGCCCCUCUCCAAGUCCAAGGUCUCCUCCCUCGCCGUCAUCGGGCCCAACGGCAACAACGCGUCGCUGCUGCUCGGCAACUACUUCGGGCCGCCCUGCAUCUCCGUCACCCCGCUCCAGGCGCUGCAGGGGUACGUCAAGGACGCCCGGUUCGUCCAGGGCUGCAACGCCGCCGUCUGCAACGUGUCCAACAUCGGCGAGGCCGUGCACGCGGCCGGCUCGGCGGACUACGUCGUGCUGUUCAUGGGGCUGGACCAGAACCAGGAGCGGGAGGAGGUGGACAGGCUCGAGCUGGGGCUCCCCGGGAUGCAGGAGAGCCUCGUCAACAGCGUGGCCGACGCGGCCAAGAAGCCGGUGAUCCUGGUGCUGCUUUGCGGUGGCCCGGUCGACGUGACGUUCGCCAAGAACAACCCUAAGAUCGGCGCCAUUGUCUGGGCUGGUUACCCUGGCCAGGCCGGUGGCAUCGCCAUCGCCCAGGUCCUCUUCGGCGACCACAACCCCGGUGGGAGGCUGCCGGUGACGUGGUACCCGAAGGAGUUCACGGCGGUGCCGAUGACGGACAUGCGGAUGCGCGCCGACCCGUCCACGGGCUACCCGGGGCGCACCUACAGGUUCUACAAGGGCAAGACCGUGUACAACUUCGGCUACGGCCUGAGCUACUCCAAGUACUCCCACCGCUUCGCGUCCAAGGGCACGAAGCCGCCGUCCAUGAGCGGCAUCGAGGGCCUCAAGGCGACGGCAAGGGCGUCGGCGGCGGGCACGGUGAGCUACGACGUGGAGGAGAUGGGCGCGGAGGCGUGCGACAGGCUCCGGUUCCCGGCGGUGGUGCGGGUGCAGAACCACGGGCCCAUGGACGGGAGGCACCCGGUGCUGCUGUUCCUGCGGUGGCCGAACGCGACGGACGGGCGGCCCGCCAGCCAGCUGAUCGGGUUCCAGAGCGUGCACCUGCGGGCGGACGAGGCCGCGCACGUGGAGUUCGAGGUGAGCCCCUGCAAGCACUUGAGCCGGGCGGCGGAGGACGGCCGCAAGGUGAUCGACCAGGGCUCGCACUUCGUCAGGGUCGGCGACGACGAGUUCGAGUUGAGCUUCAUGGCCUGAGCCAGCCGGCCGGCGGCCGGCGGUUGGAUCGAUCGAACACGAUAAACCUGCUGCUGCUGCUGCUGCUUCGGCAGAGGAGGACUUCGAUCAUAAAUUGUAACCACGUAACUUAUGAGAAGGAGAUAAUGAUGAUAAAUUAAAAGCGAGAUCAUCCUUCUUUCCA